AUGGGGGACAUAGUGGAUACGGCGGAUAUGGGGGACACAGUGGAUACGGCCAACAUGGUGGAUGGGGCCGAAAACGCCGUUCAAUUGGAGAAGACCAGCCAAUCAUACGCUGGAUAUGGUGGCCGUGGAGGAUACAGCGGAUACAAUGGACACAGUCGUAAAGGCCGCUCUGUUGAAGACGACGUCGUUGUAGAUCAAGAAACCGCUGAGCAUCAUAAUGUAGCCUACGGUGGUUACGGUGGCUAUGGUAUCAAUAGAGGUUACGGUAACUACGAUGGUUAUGGUAGCUACAAUGGGUAUAGGCCCAUUACUUACGGUGGCUAUGGAGGUUAUGGAGGUUAUGGAGGUUAUGGUUGGGGACGCUAA